AUGGACGAAGAAGGAAUGUCAGGACCAGUAUCCCAAGAGGACAUCAGCGGUGCCUGGAACUUCUGGAAGCUCAUCUCAAGGAUCUGGGAUGAGCAAGGUGUAUCUGUCUCGGCUCAACGCGCCAAGACAAUCCGGAACCUCAUGCUCUCGAGCUUUCGGGAACUUGACACUCAAGGCCUCGCCCCAGAUUCUAUUGGCCAAGCAUCCCUGCAAGUCUUACACUGGCUGAUUCACACGCUACGCAAACAUUGUUUAGAAUUAUGUUUAUGUGCUGACAACUGGAAGGUCAUGAAACUCAUGACCGACAAUUACUCGCAGUGGUUCAACUACCACGUGAAGAAAAGAACCAGCAAGCGCAUCAAGGCUGAGCAUGGAGAGAGUAUUCCAGAUCUCUCAGAAGACGCCUUACCCUCAGUUCAGAAGUGCAGGGGUAAUUCUGAUCAAGAUCUUGAAGCUGAACAUCCAAAGAAGCGAGUACGAACCGAUCUGCCUGUCAUUGAGCCUAUCAUCGAGAACGACGAAGUGCGUGAACCAACACCACCACCACACGCCAACAAAGGCAAAGAUAAAGAAGUAACUACUAUUGAGAUUGAAAACCCACUGUCCAAUGUUGUGUUGAAACCUAGGCCCAAGGCAGUCAACCAGAUGUCCCCUUCCAUUUCCAUUGACUCUCCGACUGCUUCGACUUCUGGAACCAACCCAAUUCUUGCACUGCCAUCACAUGAGUCUACACCUACAUCAACUAUACCAAAUACACCUUUGAGUACUGACACAGCUUCACUAGCUGUAAAGGCCGAACUCAUCAACCAAGCCAGCACCACGAUCGAGACAAAAGUGCACCCUAAUAUGAUCAAGAAGUGCCAACCAAGCACAAAGCCUAUGUGCAUGAGCUCCAAGAUCAUGGCACGGAAUUUUUGCGCCAUUGAAUGGCAAUCAAAUGGCCAUCAAAAAGAACCAGUGAGCAUAUUUGCGACCUACUGGAAUGGCCUAUCGAGCACCAACAAAGAGGUAUACAAGUGCAAAGCAGCUCUACAGCUCAACUCAGCUGGAACUACUGAAGGGAGCGGUGCCUGUGAUGACAUGGACGAGGAGUAA